CCGGGCAAGCUUACGCGCACCAGACGCUGACGUCCAUAAACACUCGGCUCAGCUGCGCGCCGUUCAGCGAGCCGGCACUCGGCUCCAGACACUGCUGCGGACCUCCAUGGAUACUCUUGCUGAGAACUCCAUCUGCAGCAGCAGCAGCAGAAACAAGGCAGUCACCAUACUACUAGCAGAGUUCAUCGGCACGGGACUUCUGGUAUUUCUCAGCUGCAUGGCUAGUGCUAUUAUGAUUAUCAUGCCACAGCCAAGCCACUUGGAGAAGGCAAUCGCAACUGGAAUGUCUGUCGCAAUAAUUAUUCAGGUGUUCGGCCACAUCAGCGAGGCGCACCUCAACCCCGCCGUCACGGCAGCGGCGCUGGUGCUGGGGAGAGUCGACAUGUGGCUCGCUCUGGUGUACGUGGCGGCCGAGUGCAGCGGUGCUGUGGCUGGGUAUGCGAUGACAGAGGUGCGCGCCCACACCGCCAGCACUGCACUUCUACCAGCAAGCCUGGGAGGCUGCCAGCUGUGUGUGACGUCAGUGAGAGAGGACGUGACCAUGGUGCAGGCUGUACUCUUGGAGGCAGUAGCGACCUACAUCCUCGUGCUCAUGGUGUCCGCCACCUGGGACAGUCGCAACAGAGAUAAGCAGGACUCGGUGCCGCUCAAGUUUGGCUUCCUCGUCACCACUGUGUGUGCUGUCCUGGAUUCCUUCACUGGGGCGAGCAUGAACCCUGCAAGAAGCCUUGGGCCAGCCGCUUUCACGGGCUGCUGGGACGAUCACUGGGUGUACUGGGUCGGACCAAUGAUGGGAAGUUUAGCAUCGUCAACGAUGUACAAGUUUGUUUUCAGCCACACCUCUGUAGCAUUCCAUAAAAUAGAAGGUCCAGCGUUUGAAAGCCAAAAGCGUGACUGCAAAGACUCAAUGAAUGAAGAAAUAUCACGUCUGGGCAAUGAAACUUCAAGCUCCUUUUGUGUCAGAUAAACACAUUUUGUAGCUGCCAGAAGCCUUAUUUGAGGGUUGUUUUAAAGUAAGAAAUGUAUUGAAAAUUUAAAACAGCAAAUAAUAUUGUUACUUAAUUGCAGCUAAAAUAUAUCUACAAAAGUUGUAACAAAAUUAAGUUGAUAAUUAUUGAUAACCUUCAAUAAAUUAAUGUUAAGGCAUUUUAAUACAUUUGAAGAACUCAAAGGAUGUAAUUCAGUGUUUCAUUGUGAUUAAAAUAACGAGAGGCUAAAAAAAAAUAUAAAAAAAUAGAGCUAAGAGGUAAAGAAA